AUGCUCGCCGCCGUUCUUGCACCGCUCGCCGCCGUGAAUGCGCGCUUGGCGCAACCGGUGCACGCCACGCUGUACCCCUUCCCGCUCGCCACCACGCUGCACGCCCUGCGCGUCGCGCUCGCCUACCGCGGCCUAUGUGCUGCCUUCACCGCGCGCCGUCGGGCGGAGGGCAAGACCGCUGCUGAGCUGCGCGUCUCGUGGCUGCGCGAUCUGGCCGGCUUCCUCGUGAUGGCGUGGGGCGGCAGCUUCCUCGCCAACCACAUCCUCGGCCAAAUCCCGGGCCAGCUACUCGCCGCAUGGCCGUGGGCCAACUACAUCUCGGUGUACCUGGCCGUGACGUUGGCCCUCAGCGUUGCACCGGCUCCUUCGGCAAAGUUGCUGGAUCUCACGCUGCCCGUGCUCGACGGUGCGACGCGAACAGCCGCCACGUACGGCGGCAUCAACAUGGUGCUCAACCACGCCAACCCGGCCGCGAGGAACAGUCUGCUGCUCCAGGUGAUCGUCGCCACCGUCUCGGCGUGCGGAGGCGGCAUCUCGGCGUUCACGCUCAACGUCUUCGAUCCGCUCGGAUGGUCGCUGUCCACACCGCCGUUCUUGAACGCAACGUCGCUGGUGCAGUUGACCGACAUUGUGGCUCCGGCUCUGGCGGCAGCGGUGUUUGGCGUGCUGACGCUCAGCCAUCCGUCGUACGCGAGCGUGCUUGCGCACAUUCACCACAAACCCGCCGCGCUGCUCAGCCACGACGGAGGCAAGGCGGUCAUCUCGCUUGUCAUUGGUUCGUGCUUCUUCGUGCGCGCCAUCGUGAUGCACGUUCUCACCCCCGCCCCCGCUCCCGCGCGCCCCAUUGCUGCCAACAAGGCCAUCCGCAGCGCCGCCAAGAAAAACUGA